AUGGAGGAUCUGAAGCAUGAGAUGGUGGCGCAGAAGUUGGCCAUCGCCCAGCUGAAGACAGACAUUCAAGAUUUCAAGGGCAAGCUUGGUGCUGGGGACAAGGUUCAGAAGGUCGCGAAGACUGAUUCGAUCGCACGUUGGGCAAAAGCCAUUGUGAAGUGGUUCUUCGUGGCUAAUGUAGCUGUCCUGCUCUUCGGCGUAGUGGUCGCCAUGUCUGUCAAGUGA